AUGAGUUCAAAUAGCCAGCCUUUGACAGUCUUCACUACCCCUUGGGGUUUGUAUGAAUGGUUCCGGAUACCAUUUGGUCUUUCCCGAGUGCCUGGAGCAUUUCAACAUUCUAUGGAGAACUGUUUGGGAGACUUGAGAGACACUGUCUGUGUACUCAACCUGAAUGAUAUUAUCAUAUUCAGUGCCACCUUUGAGGAUCACAUUGAAAACACACGCAAGGUUCUUCGACAACUAAAAGAACAUGGAGUCAAACUGAAACCUCGGAAACUUAAAUUUUUUAAGAGAGAGGUUACAUUCCUUGGGCACAUUGCGUCGGAAGAGGGUUACAAGCUGGAUCCAUCUAGUAUUAAGCCUGUCCUUGCACUCAGAGACUCACCUCCAAAGACAGUUGGUGAAGUGCGCAGACUUAUGGGUUUCCUGAACUAUUACCGGCGAUAUGUUAAGGAAUUUUCUAGAAUCGCCAAGCCUAUCUAUGAUCUGGUGAAGACACCUAGUCGCUCUCCACAGGAAGUUCAGCGGGAAAAACCUACGAAGGACUGCAGUAACAAUGGCCAAUUACCGGCAAAACACCCGGUGGAUUGGACUGACAUUCAUCAAUCUGCCUUGCGGACUCUUACCGACUCAAACACAAGUGCUCUAGUAAUGGCGUAUCCUGACUUUCGGAAACCAUUUGUUCACCAUACAGACGCCUCAAAGGAUGGCUUAGGCGCCGUGUUGUAUCAGUAUCAGGGUGACAAUCUCCGUGUUGUCGCAUAUGGGUCGCGCAACUUGACUCCAGCCGAGAAGAAUUACCACCUCCAUUCCGGAAAAGCCAACGUUGAUGCCGACGCUUUAUCUCGAAUGCCCUCUGAGGACACAGCUUAUACAGAAGUAGUACCACAGGAUGUCCUUGAGACCGUUGCAUUUUCGGCAAGGGACAACCAACGACCAACAGCAGCAGAGAGAAAACGUGAGUUGGGUGAGACGCAACUUCUCCUGCAUGAAUGGGAUAAACUAUCCCUUGAUGAGGAUGGUAUACUUAGACGACGUAAAGGAACUAGGACUCAAGUUAUUGUACCUAGCCAGCUUCGUUCACGCAUCCUCAAAGAACUCUACGAAAACAUGAGUCAUCUUGAGGUGGACUGCACACUAGACCUCGCCAGAGAGCGCUUCUAUUGGCCCCACGUGCAGCGAGAUAUUGAACACCAUAUUGGACAUGUCUGUCAAUGCGUUGAACAAAAGGCCCCCUCGCUUAAGACUAGAACCCCACUAAAUCCCAUUGUGACUACCUCGCCUAUUGAACUUAUCGCCAUUGACUUCCUUCAUUUGGAGAAGAGUAGAGUAGAGUACGAAUAUAUCCUCGUUGUGAUGGACCAUUUCACACGCUAUGCCCAGGCCUAUGCCACGAGAAACAAAGAAAGAAGGGUCUGGAAGGAUAAGUGUGGCACUGCUUGUCAGAUACCUGUACCACAGGCCGAAGACUUAGCAGAUGGCAUCUGUAGUAAUGAUGAGUAUACAAUCACCCCUAGGAACCUCCACACUAGGCGGACCGUAGAAGAGGCGGUUACUGAGGAGCUCGCCAAACCUUCAGUUGAAGAGAAACAGCCUAAACCGACACAGGCAGAGGAUGCAAUAUCGGGCAAUGCCCAUCAAAGGAAAGUAAUCAGCGAUCGCACUGUUUCGGAAGAGACGAAAGAAACCGGAUUAGAGAGCGGAAAUGGACAAGAUCCUCUAACCCAGAAUAACAACAGUCCACCAGAUAGUCCCGAACUGGAACCUAGGACCAAACGACAGAGGCACCCACCAGCAGUUCUGACGUACAACACACUUGGCAAUCCCAUAUAUGAGACCCAAGCUGCUGUACACGUCAUAGCUGCCAACAGUGUUUCUGGAAGUCAAUUACUUCAUUGCGGCACUCCUCAUCUUCAUUAG